AUGAAGAACACUCCCGUCGUUCUCGCCGCCAUGGUCGGCACCGCUAUGGCUGCACCCCAGUCACAGAAGGCUCCGGCCGCCGCGGCUCCUGCCGGCUGCAGCACGACCUAUGCCGACUCGUUCGAGAUUAGCAUCGUCGCCGCCCCCGAGGAGGUGAAGCGCCUCGAGAUGCGCGAUGCUGCUUCUUGCGCCGGCGCGCCUGGCUCCCUGGUUGUGAACCUCAAGGACGGUGUCCUCACCGACUCCAAGGACCGUACCGGCUCCAUUGUCGCCAACUACCAGUUCCAGUUUGACGGCCCCGCCCAGGCUGAUGCCAUCUACACCAGUGGCUUCGCUGUCUGCGACGACAACCUCCUCGCUCUCGGCGACCAGAAGACGUUCUUCAAGUGCAACUCGGGCAACUUUGCCAACCUCUACGACCGCAACUGGGCCCCGCAGUGCAGCCCCGUCGCCUUUUACGUCCGCUCCUGCGGCAAGAGCAAGCGGUCCGCGCAGGCCGACUACGGUGCCGCCCCGGAGCCCGCGACCCCUUCUUCCCACCCCGUCACCCAGAUCGACGAUGGUCAGCUCCAGGUCCCCACCGGCGAGCCCCCCAAGCCUCCCACGCAGCCCACCUACCCUGCUCCCGCGCCCCAGCCCGCGCCCAGCACUCCCUCCGAGCCCGAGUACCCCCCAGUUGAGCCCAGCACUCCUGCUGCGCCUGAGUACCCUCCUGUCGAGCCUUCGAAGCCGGCCGAGCCCGUGUACCCCGAGCCCAGCACCCCUGCCGAGCCUGAACACCCCCCCGCCGAGCCAUCGAAGCCAGCCGAGCCCGAGUACCCUCCUACUGAGCCCUCGAAGCCUGCGGAGCCCGUGUACCCAGAGCCCACCGCGCCCGUCGAGCCUACGCACCCCGCGCCGGAGCCCGAGCACCCCGUGACCCAGAUCUCGGACGGCCAGAUCCAGGUUCCCACGGGCGAGCCUCCUGCGCCCCCCGUCGAGACGGAGUACCCUGCACCCCCUCCUUCGCCUCCUGUCGAGACACACCCCGCGCCUCCUCCCGCGCCUCCCGUCGACACGCAGCCCGUGGCCCCUCCCGCUCCCCCGGUCGAGACCACGCACCCUGUGCCCGUCCCUCCCGUCGAGACGUCGUACCCCGUCCCCCCCGGCAACACGACGACGCCUUCGGUCGUGUCUCCCCCCGUCGAGUCUGGCCCCAUCGAGGCCAGCAGCGGCCGCGUCAUCCCCGGCUCGAUCGCCGCCCUGGCCCUCGGCGCCAUGGGUGCUUUCUUCCUGCUGUAA